UUUUCCCGGAAAAUCGUGGACCUCGUAAACACAUAAUCAUGUAUACUUCAAUGGCUCUCUCCAGUCCACUCACACCAACCCAAAAGGAAUAAACCCAUCCAGCUUUACCGAUCACAAGUCGUAAACAACAAAGAAAAGAAGAAGAAAACCAUUGUUUCAUAUCGGAGCUUUGAACAUGUCUUCAAUGGCGGCCUCAUCGGGAUUCGGGUUUAAGGGAGGUCUAGGAAGUUCGUUUAGCGGGGGUGAAGACUAUCCCGUGUUGGCUAAAUCGGUUCCCUGCGUCGUUAGUGUCGGAAAGGCCGUUCGAGCUCAGCCGGUGAUGAAGAAUGUUAACGAAGGGAAAGGGUUGUUCGCACCGCUUGCGGUGGUUACCCGCCUGAUUGUUGGCAUGAAGAGGUUCAACCAGCUGAGGGGAAAGCCAUCGCCUUGCAUUCUCAGCAAUAGGGGCCGAUGGUUAGGGACUGAUUCGUCUAGCAAAGAAGAAUGGAAAAAGGCUUGGAUUCCUUGCAUGAUUUUAUGUAAGCUUUUAUGUCGAAAACAUCCUUCAGUCUAGUUUGUAUUGCUAUAUAAUUUUCGGACAAGAAAACGAAACUUAAAAGCAAACUCGUAUCCGAACAGAAGUACGAAUUCCUAUGAUUAACAGCAGAAAUGAGAA